ACUCUACAUCCUCAACCGCCAAGUCAACGCUAUCAAAUAAAUCUCCCACAAUGCAACUUUCAUCUUUUACACUUCUCAGCUCUCUCGCUGCCAUGGUUUUGGCACAACCUAACCCGGGCCAAGCAUGCAGUGGUGCUGGAUAUGAUUGUUCUAAUGACUUUCACGAUAUUCUUGUUUGCAACGGCAAUCAGUGGGUGAUUGCUGCUGCUUGUCCUUCGAGUUGCUGUGCAUACCCUGCUGGCUAUCCUGCGCCGUUUUGCAGCUGCUAAUAGAACAGCUAAAAAGAUGGUGGCCACUAUUUGUCGAGUUUGAAAGACGGGUAUCAAGGAUAACUACGAUUGUGCCUGAAGAUAUACUACGAUAAACGAUAGCUGUACACAAUACAUGAACUCUGAGAAUGGAAUCUACAUUAUGAAUGAACUUGCAUUUUAAUAACAAUAUUGGAUAAGUGAAAUAACUUAGUAAGCUACAAUUGGAAAUUCGUUCCAAUAAGCAAGCUUGCGUGAGUGCCCAUCAAUCUUACCACAAUGUUCUCCAUGAUCCUCUCGAUUUAAGUUACACUACGACUAUACUGAGAACAGGCCAAUGCGAUGAACAUCCCUCCACAUAACUGAGUACGGGAAAUAACGAUACUAAAGGGGAUUGACGAAUUAAAACUCUUACCAGCGGAUGACGUUUGACAAUUUCGGACCGUUUCAGCACCCGGCACUGAACUUUCGCUCGGAGUUUCCGAUGCCUGGUCUUGCGAUUUGAAUUCCGGCUUUCAGUCAAAUUUUUGGUCCGAAAUUCCAGAGUCGCCAUUCAACAGCCUGCUAUAAAGCUAUGGCAUACCCCGAAUCUUUAUGAUGCAAACAUUUCAGACUUUCUACACCGUAAAUACUAUUUCAG